AUGACUCAUUUAGAAAAUGUCUUUUUAAAGAAUGUUUUAUUGUAUUUACCAACAUUAAAAGAUGUAGGGAGAUUUGCACAAGUAAGUAAAUCAUGUGAAGAAGCAAUCAAUACGAUUUAUGUCAAUCCAUAUGAAUUAACAAUCCAUCAUUCAUUUGAUGAAAUUAUUCCAUUAUUUCCUAAUUUACAAACAUUUUAUGUUAGAAGAUGUCCAUCAAGAUUAUACAAAAUAACAGCAAAUGAUAUUCCACUUAUUGAAGUAGGAGGAUGGAAUGAACAAUCCAAACAAACACAAGUGUUUAACACAAAAUGGUUUUGUUCCAAAAUAAGGAAAAUACGAAUAGAUGGAUAUUAUUGUAAAAAAGUAAUAGAAAAACAUCCAAACUAUUUUAUUCAAUUACAAGAAUUAGUUGUUAUGAAUGGAAUUGAUAUUAAUGCAUUAAUACAAUUAUUUGAAUUACCAACAUUAAAAAAAGUAAUUAUUAUUUGUAGUACUAUUGAAUUUCAACUUCUUUCAAAGUCAUUUGAUUUUAAUAAACAUAACAAAAUUAACUUCAUUAUUAUUUUUAUUAUUACAUAUUCAAACACUAACAUAUUAAAUCAAAUGGAUUAUAAUCAAUUCAUUAAUUGUAGAUUUUACACAAGAACAAUUAAUAAAUCAACAAUGAAUUGUCCUUAUUUACCAAUAUUACCAUAUGAAUCUCAAUUCUUAAUAGAUAAUUGUGAUAUGGCUAUUGAAAGUGAUGUAUUAAAUAAAAUCAAUGAAAUCAAUGAAAUAAUCAUAAAGAACAAUUUACAGAAUAUUUUAAUUGAAAAUGUUUUAAAUGAUUAUGAAGGAAAUAGAAUUGAUUUAACAUCAUUAUCAAUACAAGACGUUGAAAAACAAAAUGUUGAUAUUAUCAUUUCUCCACAUUUAAAAUCAUUAAUAAUUAAAAGUUGUCAAGCAUCAAUUGAUAUUUCAAAAUGUCACUUAAAAAAAGAUAAUAAUAUCUAA